AUCUAAAAUGAUGGACAUCAGACUGUGCAAGUCUCUCUCGGUGUAUUUCGGCGUGCGGAGUUUGUACCAGACGAUGUUUGAGCUGGCCAAAAGAGGAAAGUCCGAGCACCCGGCUAAAGAGGCCGAAUUCAAACUAUUGAUUUGCUGCGCCCUGAAACUGCUAGGACGAAAUGACGAGGCCAAGAAAGAAUGCGAGACCAUCCUCAAUCCAGACGACGUUGAAGCGUUUAGGUAUUUUUGCCGAGAGACUUCAACGCUUGAACCGAACGAGAGCUCGGCUUUGGUUCUUGUCCUCUUAAAGGACCACAAGAAGUGCUGUGACCUGCGGCUGCCGAGGCAAUCUGUCCCUUCGUUGUGCUACCAGGGCUGGAGUCACCUGGGUUUGAAGUCGGUGGACAGAGCCACGGAGCUGUUCGAGAAGGCCCUCAAGUUGAGUCCGACCGAUUUCGAGGCCAACCUCGGAAUGGCCAAGUGCCUCGAGGGCAAAGAGGACCUGGAGAAGAGCUUGGACACCCUGAGCAGGCUGGUGAUCAAACACCCUGAGACGACGGUGCCCAUCACCGAGAAGAUGUUUCUGCACCUGUCCCUGUGCGACUGGGAACAGGCCAUCGAGCAGGCGGGCCGCGUGCAGAGCUCCGUGGAGGCGGCCAGGGUCAAGGUGCUGAAGGCGCUGUGCCUGGACGGCAACUUCGAGCAGGCCGAACACGAAAUAGGCGUCCUGAGGAGGACUCUGGAGGAGAAGGAGAACUUCAAUUCGUGGGCCUACUUCCAUUCGGGCCAAAUGAUCAACCGAGUGUGCUCGAGGAACGCCGCCAUUCUGCAAGAGGCGAAGGCGCUGGUGCAGAAGGCCAUCGAGCUGCAGCCGGACAGCUGCGAGUUCCACUGCGAGCUGGGCUACAGCCUGCAGCUUCAGGGCAGGCUCAAGGAGGCCGUCAAGGAGUACAAAAUCGCCGUCAAGCUGGACGACUCGUCCAUUUUCGCCCUGUCCAACCUGACCUUCUGCCAGCUGCUGGAAAACCGAAACAGCGACACGGUCCGCCAGCAAAUCGAUUUGCUGAAGGAGCUGCAGGGCGCUGAUCCGUCCGCCCAGCUGCUCUACAUGAGUGCGAUGAUCAAUGAGAAAGACCGCAACCUGCCGCUGAAAGCCAUUCAAGCCCACCUUCGCUUGGUCGAAAACAUACCCUUCGGGGUUGAGUACCUCAAGGCUUACAACCCUGAGUUCAUCUUCUCCAUCAUUGGCACCCUGCUGAACCGCAUGCACGUGAAAAAGGACUCCCCUGAGCUGGUCUACCUGCUAAAGGUGCUCAAGCCCAUCACACAAACCUGUCCAGGAUUGUCGGAAGCAAAAUUUUUGCACGCCAAGGCGCUCCACCUGAGCGGCGACUCUGCCAACGCUCUUGCCCAGUUACGGCGGUUCAACUACAACAGCGAAGCGCAAAUGCUAGUGGCAAAAAUUCUGCUGUCCCAGAACGACACCGUUGGCGCGAGCAACAGCCUGGAGAUGGCUCUCAGCUUCGACUUUUCCGUCAAGGAGCACCCGAUUUACCUGCUGGUGCAAGCCAAGAACCAGAGGGCCAAGGGAAACGUUUCGGACGCCAUCAAGUGGCUGCGGACCGGCCUGGCCAGCUCGAGUCUCAGUUCGGCGGACAAGGUGACCAUCAGUCUGGAACUGGCCGAGACGCUGACCGAGGCGGGCAGGGUGGACGAGGCCACCGACCUGCUGAGGAAAACCGUGGCCGAAUUCUCCGGCACGAGUGAAGAAGGAAGGCUGAUCGCCGCCCAGGCGGACUUGGCGUUGAAGGCCAACAAAGUGGACCAGGCCCUGGAGAUUUUGAACUCGAUCGGCCCGUCGGAAAUGCACUUUUUGGAGGCCAGGCACAAAAUGGCAGAAAUUUACUUGGUGCACAAGAGAGACAGGAAAAAAUUCGCAGCCUGCUACCUGAGCAUCGUGGAGCAAAAACCUGGCGUCGAGAGCCAGAUUCUCUUGGGGGAUGCGUACAUGAGGGUGCAGGAGCCUGAAAAAGCCGUCGAGGUUUAUGAGCAAAUUCUAAAAUCCACCUCUAGGAAGGACGUCUCGCUGGCUAGAAAGAUUGGGCAGGCCUUGAUUAAAACGCACAUGUAUGGAAAAGCCGUGAAUUUCUACGUAGAGCAAGUGAAGAAACAUCCGUCCUUACGGAAGGAUUUGGUCGAGCUUCUCAUCAGGAUGAAAAAUUUCGACCGUGCCGAGACGAUCCUGAAGUCGGCUUGUUCCGGCAACGUGCCCAACAGCGACAGCGACGAGCUCAUCAACCGGUGUCAGCUGCUGCUGCUGCUGGCAAAGGUGCAGGAGCAAACUGGACACGUGACAAGCGCCCAGAGCACCCUGAUGGAGGCCAAAGACAUCCAAAGCAAAGUCUUAAAAAGACUCAAUGUGAGUUACAAAAUUAAAAAAGAGGAAAUUUGCUCAUUUUUGGCACAGAUUGAUGGAACUGGAAAGCUGGCUGCGCAGAAAAUUGUUGCUGCGAGUAUUUGCAGGCUGAUGGCGCAGCAAAACAGCAACCAAGAGGCGAUCAAACUUUAUAAGGAAGCCCUCGUCCACCAGCCGAGUGAUCCUGAUACCCUGAUAGCACUGGCAAAACUUUAUCUCCAAGCUGACGACCUGGCGCUGUGUCAAGCCACCUGCGGCCAGCUGCUCCGUUCCGACCCUGACAACGAAGCGGCUUGCGUAAUGAUGGCAGACAUUUCGUUCCGAAAGACCGAUUUUGAGACGGCAAGCGUCCACUUUCAGCAACUGCUGAAUAAACAGCCCAGAUACUGGACCGCCUUGGCCAGGUUUAUCGAAGUGAUGCGCAGGGCCGGGACCCUGAGCCAAGUGGCUCCCUACCUCGAAAGGGCCGCUGACAAAGGGGAUGAACCUGGUCUCGCGUAUUGUCAGGGCCUGUACAGUCUAUACAGUGGAGAGCCGACGCAAGCGUUGAAGCAUUUUAAUCGAGCGCGACGAGAUCCAGAAUGGGGUCGCCAGUCGAUUUGUUCCAUGAUCGAAAUUUGCUUGAAUACAGAGGCGCUUUCUAGUUUGGAAAAUUCUGACAUGGACUCCAAAGAUUCGCGCGAGACAGCGCUGAAAACGGCGGAAAAGCUGCUCGGCGAGCUGAAUCCGCGACCUGUCAGCGAGGAGAAAAACAUGUACCAGUUGCUCGUUUGCUUCUGGAUGCUGGCCAGAAGGGAAAAGGCGGUCGCUGAGCAAGCCCUGCAAGAACUCACUCUCCUCGCGGGAGUGGAGAACUCGCGCAUCAACAUCGGCGUCACCCUGGCCAUUUCCAUGGCUUACCUGAUUUUGAAGCAAUCCACCAGGGCCAGGAACCAGCUGAAAAGGGUCGCCAAGCAUCCGUGGAAUUUCGAGGAAGCAGAAUAUUUGGAGAAAAACUGGCUUUUGCUGGCCGAGCUGUACAUCCAAUCAGGAAAAUACGACUCGGCCAGCGAGCUGCUGAACAAGGUGCUGGUGCACAACAAAUCGUGCACCAAAGCGUUCGAGGGUCUCAGCCUGAUCAACGAAAAGGAGCAGCAGUACAAAGAGGCCGCCAGCAAAUACGAACAAGCGUGGAAUUUCGGCAACAAAUCCAACCCGGCGGUCGGCUACAAGAUGGCCUACAAUCUUUUGAAGAGCAAGAAAUACGUGGCCACCAUCGACGUGUGCCACCAGGUUUUGGCAAACUUCCCCAACUAUCCCAACAUACAAAAGGAUAUUCUGGAGAAGGCGAGAAGCCACCUGAGAACUUAAAAAUGUUUAGUAAUUUUGUGAUAUAUAUUCUCCGUCCAUUUUUUGUAAAUUAGAACAGCAUUGUUCGACAUUGCACAAAUUAAAUACUCUUUAUUGCACUUAAUGUUAA